AUGCUCCACCUCAUGCUCGACGUCAACACGAGCUCUACGACGAGUGCCGCCGAGGGCAAGGGCACGUGGACCAAGGAAGAGCAUGAGCGGUUCCUCACCGCCAUGGAGAUGUACCCGAACGGCCCGUGGAAAGCGAUCGCGGACGCUGUCGCUACGCGCACGAUCCGCCAGACGCAGACGCACGCGCAGAAGUACCGCGAGAAGCUCGCGCGCCGCCGCCGCGGGCUGCGCACCAAGCACAUUCUGCAGCCCGAGGAGCUCCGGGACAUCUCGACGACGCGCCCCAUGAUGCCGGCCAAGGCGAUCGCGUCUCCGAUCGACAACGACGACGAGGCCGGUGGCUGGAGCGACGAAGGUGACGACGGCACGUUACCGCCACUGCCCGACUGCCUCGACUUUCUCAUCGGACUCCUCGAGCGCGACCUGUAG